UGCCUAUAUAAACACCAGCAGGCACCACCUCCAAGCAUCCAUCAAACAAGCACGCACAAGUCCACAGCACACAGCAGACCCAUCCCAUCCCAUCCAUCCUUUGAUUUGAAGCAAGACAAGAGGGACCGACCGAGCAAGCAAUGGCUCCCAUGCUCAAGCGGAUCGUGGAGGACGAGCCCAAGAAGGCGGCGUACGUGACCUUCCUCGCCGGCUCCGGCGACUACUGGAAGGGCGUGGUCGGCCUUGCCAAGGGCCUCCGCGCCGUCAACUCCGCCUACCCGCUCGUGGUGGCCGUGCUCCCCGACGUCCCCGAGGAGCACCGCCAGGAGCUGCUCAAGCAGGGCUGCGUCGUCCGGGAGAUCGUGCCCGUCUACCCGCCGGAGAGCCAGACCCAGUUCGCCAUGGCCUACUACGUCAUCAACUACUCGAAGCUCCGCAUCUGGGAGUUCGUGGAGUACGAGAGGAUGGUGUACCUGGACGCGGACAUCCAGGUGUACGACAACAUCGACCACCUCUUCGACCUCGAGAUGGGCAGCUUCUACGCCGUCAAGGACUGCUUCUGCGAGAAGACGUGGAGCCACACCCGGCAGUACGAGAUCGGCUACUGCCAGCAGUGCCCCGACAGGGUGGCGUGGCCGGAGCGCGAGCUGGGCGUGCCCCCGCCGCCGCUCUACUUCAACGCCGGCAUGUUCGUGCACGAGCCCAGCAUGGCCACCGCCAAGGCCCUCCUCGACAGGCUUGUCGUCACCGACCCCACCCCGUUCGCCGAGCAGGACUUCCUCAACAUGUUCUUCAGGGACGUGUACAAGCCCAUCCCGCCGGUGUACAACCUCGUGCUCGCCAUGCUCUGGAGGCACCCGGAGAACAUCCAGCUCGGCGAGGUCAAGGUCGUCCACUACUGCGCCGCGGGUUCGAAGCCGUGGAGGUACACCGGCGAGGAGGCCAACAUGGACAGGGACGACAUCAAGAUGCUGGUGAAGAAAUGGUGGGCCAUCUACGACGACGAGGGCCUCAACUACAAGCCUGCCGCCGACGAGGCCACCGACCCGCUGCGUGCUGCCCUCGCCGAGGUCGUCGCCGUCAAGUCCUUCCCGGCGCCCUCCGCCGCGUAGUCAUCACGCGCCUGCCUUCCAGUUAGGCGUAUGUAUUCUACUAAUAAAUACUAGUAAUACGUAGGAAAGAUUUCGUCAGUACUACGUAAUAUCGUCGUCGAUUUAGCAUCUACACGUUUUGGUAUUGUAGAUCAUCAUCAAUCGAUCAUAUACAGUGUUCUUUUUCCGAUUGAGGUACGUACGGCCACCAUAGUGUUUUUCGGUUUGUAUAAGGAAGGAGUAUAUUGUAAACACGUACGUGCAAGCACACGGUUGGUCCAAGUAUGAUUAUAGAUCGACCUGCUACGUACACGUAUGCAUGGCUGAAACGUUUUGGAAGCUAUGAAGAUAUAUAUUUUCUCUA